AUGGCUGAUAAAACAGCAAAUGAACCUUCUGAUAUCGAUAAAGCCCUUCUUACGGCAGCUUUAAAUGGCCGUUUUGAAGUAGUUCGGUAUCUCGUUGGUCAAGGAGCAAAGAUUGAAACUCGUGAUAAUAAUGAUGAGACACCUCUUCACGGUGCAUCACGCAAUGGUCAUCUGGAGGUAGUUGAGUAUCUCAUUGGUAAAGGAGCACAGAUUGAUAAACCUAAUAAAGUUGAUAUGACGGCUCUUCUCUUUGCAUCAGAUGCAGGUCAUCGUGACGUAGUUGAGUUCCUCGUAGGUCAAGGAGCACAGGUUGAGAAGUGUGCUAAAAAUGAUAUGACACCACUUCAUGCUGCAUCACAAAUGGGUCAUCUUGACGUAGUUCAGUACCUCGUUGGUCAAGGAGCAAAGGUUGAGAGAGGUGGAAAUCAAGGUUCAAAACCACUUCAUGUUGCAUCACAGAAGGGUCAUUUUAACGUAGUUGAGUACCUCGUUGGUCAAGGAGCAAAGGUUAAUGAGGGUGAUAAUACGGCUUAUACACCACUUCAUGUUGCAUCACAAAUGGGUCAUCUUGACGUAGUUGAGUACCUCGUUGGUCAAGGAGCACAGUACCUCGUUGGUCAAGGAGCAAAGAUUGAAACUCGUGAUAAUAAUGAUGAGACACCUCUUCACGGUGCAUCACGCAACGGUCACUUCGAUGUUGUUAAGUAUCUCAUUGGUCAAGGAGCACAGACUGAUUAUCCUACUAAAGUUGGUUUGACGGCUCUUCACUUUGCAUCAGAUGCAGGUCAUCGUGACGUAGUUGAGUUCCUCGUAGGUCAGGGAGCAAAGGUUGAGAAGUGUGCUAAAAAAGAUGUGACACCACUUCAUGCUGCAUCACAAAAGGGUCACCUUGACGUAGUUGAGUACCUCGUUUGUCAAGGAGCACAGAUUGAGAGAAGUGGUAAUCAAGGUUCAAAACCACUUCAUGUUGCAUCAGAAAAGGGUCAUCUUGACGUAGUUCAGUACCUCGUUGGUCAAGGGGCACAGGUUGAAGAUGGUGAUAAUAAUGGUUUAACACCACUUUAUGUUGCAUCCAAGAAGGGUCAUCUAGUUGUUGUUAAGUUUCUCAUUGGCAAAGGAGCGCGGGUAGAGGGGGGAAAUAAUGCUGGUGAGACACCACUUUUUACUGCAUCACGCAAUGGCCAUCUUGAUGUAGUUGAGUAUCUCGUUGGUCAAGGAGCACAGGUAAAGAGGGGAAAUAAUGUUGGCGAGACACCACUUCAAGUUGCAUCACGCAAUGGUCAUCUUGAUGUAGUUCAAUACCUUGUCGGUCAAGGAGCACAUGUAAAGAGGGAAAAUAAUGCUGGUGAGACACCACUUCUUGUUGCAUCAAGCAAUGGUCAUCUUGAUGUAGUUCAGUAUCUCAUGAGUGAACAAGCAGAGAGAGAAGAAGCAUCACCUGAAGAGUCUGCAAGUAUUUCAGAGACAUCCACCGCGAUGGCAUCAAUGAGUUUGAACGCCGUGACUGAUAACGUUGCUUAUCAUGAAGAUGCCGAGAAGGUGACGAACGAACAUAUCAAGAACUUGUCAAAACUACUCGGUAUAAAUCAUUUCGACCCGAUUUGUGAAGCCUUUAGCUUUGAUCACAAAAGUUCUCUGAACCUCUUAGACUUCAACGAUUCCGAUUACAAUACAACCUACGAGCAACUACUGAGCGGAUGGAAAUCUGGGAAGAAAAUGAAAGACCUGGACGAGUUACUGAAGGAAACAGGAAUAAGAUUAACAUCGUCCUACAAAAUAAACACUCAAAAGUAA